AUGGAGGAACAAAACAAUCAAUUUUUUGAAAUAAUCAGAUGUCUGCUGGUAGAUGUUGAUGACAGUUGUCUUCUCAUUACUGCAACUUUUCUCAAGAAAUCUAAAUUUGAAGUUGUGACAGUGAAGAGCGCAAAAGAUGCUUUAGGUGUUCUUCGGAGUAGUGGCCUCUCAUUUGAACUUGUGGUUACAGAAGUCCACAUGCCCGAAAUAAAUGGCUUUCAACUACAACAAGAAAUAGCCAAAAAAUUUAACAUUCCUGUUGCUUUUUAUUCAGUCGAUGAAAAAGAAAGUACAAUUAUCAAAGGACUUGAGAGUGGAGUUAUUUUAUUUAUGGGGAAGCCCAUAUCACAAAACGAUAUUAUUUUUUUAUGGAAAUAUGCUGCCAUGCGAAAGAAAAUUUAUAAAGGAAAACAAGUUAUUAAUCAACAGAAUCAAGACGAUGCCAAUGAAAGAAUCCCCCAUGAAGUAAUUCAUAUUGAAUCUUCAUCGCCGGACAGUGAGAGGGACAAGUCUGCGAGAAAAUCUGAAGAGAACAAAAGCGAACAUAGUUCGUCUCCACCAUCAAAAAAGACUAGAAUUGUUUGGACAGAUCCCCUCCAUAACAAAUUUGUGGAUGUCGUUUCAAAACUUGGCAUGAAGGAAGCUCAUCCAAGGAAAAUUCUUGACCGCAUGGACACUCCUGAAUUGACAAGAAUACAUGUGGCAAGUCACUUGCAGAAAUAUCGCAUGGACUUGAAAAAGGACAGUAGAGUUCAACAACUUAUGCCAGAAAAUUCGAAUGUUGUUGAUCAUGUUAUAGAGACUGAUCAUCAAGACUUUCAUUCUUGUCAAAGGGAGAAAGAAUUGGCAAGAAUUUUGUGUCGUCAUAUAAAUAAAAUGUCUCAUAAUAUUGGAUUGGGAGAGGCUUCAAUAGAGCUAUCCACUUUACAACAGAGUUAUGAAAUUACUGGAAAUGGAGGAACUGGUACUACAACAGAUGACUUUGUUAUGUUGGACAAUGUUUAUUCAACUGAACUUACUUCAAUUAUUUCUGGAAGCCAGCUGAACGUUCAAUCUUCUAAUAUGGAAUUCUUGAGGAUGAAUCCGCAAAGUUUCACUGGUUCGAGCACUAUUGAGGACCCAUAUAAUAUCACUGAGAAAAUGAGAAAGGUGUACGAGGUGAUGCAUAUUGCUGGAAUUGAGAUUGCUGAGCUAGCUUCUUAUCAACUCAAGGGCCUUGAUAGGCUUGGUUUGAUUAGUGGAAGGAGGGAGUUCCCAAAGAAAAAGCAAUGCAAUAGUUGUAGGGGAAACAGAGCUCAAUCUUCAUCAUUUGCUCCACCAGACAGGGCAGCACCUAGGGGAACCACUUCUAGUGCUGACAGAGGAACAAACCGCUUGUAUGCUCUCAACAAUCGCCAAGAGCAUGAGAAUUCACAGUGGUCAUCACUGGUAUAA